GUGAGUGAAUCGACCACCGCGACCACCGCCAUUCCGCUAUGAGACCGUCGAAUUGGGGGAGAUUCAUUCUUAAUUACACCGUAAUCGCUGUGUUGUUAGUUUUCAAUCUGAGCUGGGAAGUCGUCAGUUUGGGAUCAAUGUCGACCAUCGCCGUAUCCUACGGCGACAAAGGUCACGCUUCUUGUGUUCUGAGGUCCGAUGGCUCUCGUUCCGUUAGUUGCUACGGUUCGAAUGACGCCAUUGUCAACGCGACGCCGCAUCACCUCACUUUCCUCGGAUUGACAGGCGGCAGUGGCUUUAUCUGCGGACUAAUGGAGGAUUCGAAACACCCCUUCUGCUGGGGCAGUUCGAUGUACAUCCCAAUCGGCUCUCCUCUCGGAAUGACCAUGAAUUCAGAGUACGUAGAAAUCAGCGCUGGAGAUUACCAAUUAUGCGGAUUAAGAAAGCCCUCGGAACGAAAUUCGAACGAAUUGUCUCUAGUUGAUUGUUGGGGCUAUAAUAUGACAAGAAGCUAUACUUUUAAUGGUAAGAUCCUGUCCAUUUCUUCAGGCUCUUUAUUUUGCUGUGGUCUGUUUGCUAACAAUGGUAGCGCUUUCUGCUGGGGAGAUGACCUUACGUCUAAAUUGAUUCCUAAGGCUUUAAGAUUCAGGAAGAUUGCUGCUGGGGGGUACCAUGUUUGUGGGAUUUUGGAAGGUCUGUAUUUCAAAGUUGUUUGUUGGGGGACUUUGGAUGUUGGAGUGAAGCUUCUAGUUAGUCCUGUUAGGCAUACUCCUCUGUCUCCAAUGGCGUCUGUUGUUGGGGGCAAAUUUCAUGCCUGUGGGAUUCGAAUGAACGAUGGAACAGUGGUUUGUUGGGGGUAUAGAAUGGAAGGAAGCACAACUCCUCCUCCGGGUGUUCGUUUUCGAAGAAUUGCUGCUGGUGAUUACUUCACUUGUGGGGAAUUGCCUGCGGCUUCUCUGCCUCCAAUUUGUUGGGGCGACGGCUUUCCUUCUACGCUGCCGGUUCCUGUUGAUCUUCGACACUGUCAUUCAUCGCCUUGUUGGCGUGGUUAUUAUCAGUUUAACAAUGCAAGUACACCCUGCAGGUCCCCUGGUUUCCAUGUCUGUUUGCCUUGUCGUAAUGGCUGCCCUGAUGAAAUGUUUAAGGUUUAUGAAUGCAGUUUGGCGUCCGACAUGGUGUGCGGAUAUAACUGCACUAAAUGCAAAACUAUUGAGUGCUUUUCUAAUUGUUCCAGUCAUGGUUCCGGCAAUACCAGCAUUGGUGAUAGUGAUACCAUAUUUUGGUCGAUAGAUUUGGGAAUCUUCGUAGCUGAGAUAUCUGUAAUUGUCUUGUUGGUAGCUUUGAUCUUGCUGUCGAUGGCGCUCUGCAUUCGAUGCAUGUUAAGGAAGAGAAAACCUAUGCCUGUGUCCAAAACCGAUGGAAAUCAGGCGAACGGGGAUUGUCUGAAGAUUUGGCGGGCUCGGAUGUUUACUUAUGAGGAACUCGACAGAGCCACGGGAGGAUUUAAAGAAGAGUCGAUAGUAGGAAAGGGUAGUUUUUCGAGUGUCUUUAAAGGAGUUCUGAUGGAUGGAACCACAGUCGCUGUUAAAAAGGCUACGGUGUCGCACAACUGCGAUGGCUGGACUUGUUUCAAAAUGGAACUCGAUUUGCUUUCCAGAUUAAACCAUGCUCAUUUGCUCAGAUUGCUCGGUUAUUGUGAAGAAAGAGACGAGAGGCUUCUGGUAUACGAGUUCAUGACGAAUGGCUCAUUGUACCAGCACCUACACGGUCCAACGAAAGAAUCGAAAGAGCAGCUGGAUUGGAUGAAAAGGAUCACCAUUGCAGUGCAAGCAUCUCGCGGGAUCGAAUACCUCCACGGCUACGCUUUCCCUCCUGUGAUCCACAGGGACAUAAAAUCAUCGAACAUUCUUAUAGAUGCAGAAUACAACGCACACGUCGCAGAUUUCGGGCUCUCCUUGCUCGGCCCGACUAACGGCACCUCACCUCUAGCAGAACUCCCCGCCGGGACGUUUGGUUAUCUCGAUCCUGAAUACUAUAAGCUUCAUUACCUCACGACGAAAUCGGAUGUUUAUAGUUUCGGCGUUCUUCUCUUGGAAAUUCUCAGCGGUCGGAAAGCUGUUGAUUUGCGAUGCGAAGAAGGGAACAUUGUUGAAUGGGCAGUCCCUUUGGUAAGAGCUGGAAACGUCGAAGCUGUUUUGGAUCCUGUCCUGGAAUGUCAUCUGGAGAUCGAACCUCUAAAGCGGAUUGCUAAUGUAGCCUGUCGAUGCGUGAGGAUGAGAGGAAGGGAUAGGCCGUCGAUGGACCAAGUGACUACAGCUCUGGAGCUAUCGUUAGCGAUGUUAAUGAGUAGCCCGAGUGACGAGCAAAAUAAUCUUCUGAGUAAGGCUGUUUUGGGAUGUAGAACAUUGCAGUUGAAGCCGGCGUUGGAAAUGGAUAGAAUGGAUCAAGUAGAUGAACCCGCAAACCGUCCAUCUGCCUCGCUCGAUGCAUAAUUCGGACAGUGCACGAAAAGCUACAAUGGUGUGGAUCAUCGAAAUCGAUCAAUAUGGACCGCUCUACGAUUCAACAGCUUAUACCGAGUGCAAAUCCCAACCUGAGAAUGCACUUUACGGUGGAGGGCUGCUCAAGGAUCGACACCCCGUUUUCGAGAAGGAUCUGUUGCUGUUUAAGUUGGAAAACCUC